AUGCCCGCUCUUGAUUCAAGUCUAGGACCAGUUUGUGGGACGCUAUUCAACCGUAUCCGGGCCCUUGGGCUCGACGAGGCUACGGACAGGAAAUAUGAGCAAGCUAUCCAAGCCCUACAAUCAGUUAUGACCGUUGUGGAGGAGGAAGACUUGAGAGGCCAUGACAUAGAUGCUCUGGUGGCAUGGCCGGUUCUUGUUCCUCGUGAAUACAUUGAUCUAGUUGCAGAGAGAAAAGGAGAAGCUUUGGUUAUUUUGGCAUAUUUUGGCGCCCUUAUUGAUACGCAACGACAUGAGUGGGUCCCUCAGUAUUCACCUUCUACACUGAAACGCACUUAUCAUCGUCAAAGAACCGGUGCAAAUCCGCAAAUUUCCCACUUUCACAUUUAUAGUGAAAUCCAUCGUCAUCCCUUCAUCUUCCACUUUGCAAGGUCUUCUACAAACAUCGACAUUUGCCGCCCUCCCCCGAUCUAUAUGCAAGGUAUUGCCCGCAUGGAUCCUAGCACCUACGUCCUCAUUGGAGGGUUUGCUGUUCCAAAAUUAAAAGGCACCUCGAACUAUUCCACGUGGAUCGGUAAGCUGGAACUUGCCAUGCGCUUCGCGUUUUCCGAUCACUGGUCCAUCGCCACUGGAGAAAAGCUCCGGCCUUCCCACUACCAUGAAACUUUCGACGAAGACAUGCAGCUCAUCAGAAGCGUCCUUGCCCAAGAACGGUCCUUCCUUCCGCCAUUUGUGACCCAAAUCCAGAUGGAUCACCUCAUGGCGGGCUUGAACGAUAUCAGCGGAGAAGGCAGCAAUGCCAGUAUUGACCACGCAUGGUUGAUCAAAAGCACUACCGCCUACAAUGUCCUUCUCACGACUCUGGAUGCUAACCUUGCUUGUCCCUUCCGCGAAGGUGAGCCUGGAAAGGCCUUCGAACUGUUCACGUGGUUGCAGGACACCUACGGAAAAGGAAGUCUGCGAGCCCUGGUUGAAAAGUAUCAAUCUUGGCGAAGCAUCCACUAUGACGGUGGUGAUCGACGAUCUUUCAUCAAGCAGUUCGAGACAACCAGCCGGAAAUUGGCUGAGGUCAUCGGACAUCCUGUCGACAACGCCAUUGAAUUCUCCCGCUUCAUGGAUGCCAUCUCAGGCAACGAGGGAAGUCUCCUGAUUGCCGCUGAGCUAGGGAUGGAUCUUAAGAGCCCGUUCGCCAUGCAAAAGGUGUACCGAUGCUUUGAACAAGGCGUUGAAGCUGGCAUGGUGUGA